AUGGCCAUCAAGCAGCUCAGAGAAUAUACAGUUUUACCGGUUUUAUUACCGGGUACCAGAAACAUUUCAAAGGCAUGGCAUUAUCUAUUCAUCAAGAAGCAUGUAACCAAGGAUGAAGCUGAAAGUAAGACAAGAUCAUUAUUCAUAGUGAAUAUACCUGUGGGGGCAAAUUUCAAUAAUAUGAAACGAUUAAUGAGUCAGGUAGCAUUAGGCGCAAAUAUAGAAAGCUUUCAGGCAUGUGAAUACUACGACCCAGACAAUGUCAUCAAUUAUAACAUGGAUAUCAACUUGAGUAAACUCAGCAAUGCCGACUUUGGCGAAGAAAAUCUUAGAGACAAUAGAAUACCUGUUGGUUGUGGAGUGGUGACGUUUCUAGACAGAGAUGGUAUGAAUUUGGCAUUAUCUAGCAUCAAGAAGCUAGUCAUGUCAUCAAAGAGUGAUUGUAAACCACCUGAAUGGGAGUUGUUUACGGAUAAAGAAACGGGAAGUUCUAGAUAUCUUGGUGUGAAUAAUAGAUUGAAUGCUGGCAGUUUAUCGAAAGAUGUGUAUUCUUCGAUGAAAGCUUUUGAAAAGCGUGAGCACGAGGUUGAAGAAGAGCUUAAGCAGAUGACAGAGACAGUUGAUGAAGAUGGAUUUACAGUUGUGGUUGGACCUCAUAGAAAGACCAAGAGUGGUAUCAUGGGAUCUCUGAAAACUUUAACAGAUCUUGAGCAUGAUGAAAAGUACUCAAAGAAAAUAAAGAAGAAGGAAAAGAAGGACUUCUACAGGUUCCAGAUAAGAGAGCGUAAGAAGCAAGAGGUGAAUGAUUUGCUUAAGAAAUUUAAAGACGAUCAGGAACGUGUGCGUAUAAUGAGAGAGAAGCGCCGGUUUAACCCAUACUAG